UUUCAACAGAAAUACGCUCCCUCCGUGUUUGAGAAGUAUGUUUCCAGUAUCAAAGUCGGGAACAAGGAAAUCAACUUGAACCUUUACGACACAGCAGGUCAAGAGGACUACGAUAGGCUCCGCCCACUCUCCUACCAGAACGCCAACCUCGUCAUUGUCUGCUAUGAUGUCACCAACCCCACUAGCUUUGACAACGUCUUAAUCAAGUGGUUUCCAGAGGUAAACCACUUCUGUCUUGGAGUCCCCAUCAUCCUCAUCGGCUGCAAGACGGACCAGCGGAAAGACAAGGAGCGCACACGGAAACUCAAAGCAUCCGAUCUGGAGCCCAUUACCUAUCUGCAGGGUGAAGAGAUCGCACAGCAGAUAAACGCCGAGAUGUACUUGGAGUGUUCAGCCAAAUUCAGGGAAAACGUCGAGGACGUUUUUAAAGAAGCCACAAAAACAGCUCUGAAUGCCAAGAAGAAAGCGAAACACCGGAAGAGGAAACGCAGGCAGUGCGUGGUGCUGUGAAACACGGCGCCUGGAGCGGGGGCUGCGUUCUCCACGGUGGGACAACAGCUUGAAGAGAUUCCCUUUUUAAAAAAAAACCAAAAAACUCUGCUAUAGCAUACUUUCUUGCACUGCAACUGGAGCAAACUUAAUAAUAUUGAAAAAUAUGACCGAGCUGCUGUUAUAACACUGCACUUCUGAAAGAAGUUCAUGCAGCCUGUUCUCCAGUAGUGUAGGAGCUCCUGCAAGGAUCAGGGAGCUUUUAUUUUCCAGUCUUUCUGCAUCCCCCUUUCCAGUGACUAAAUUAGCCAUUCAUACUAAUUAUUCACUAAAAGUUUGCUUUUGAAGAGACUCCUCGAGGAUGGUCGUAGAGACGCCUGUGAGUAGCCCAGGCUUCAACACACAGCCUAACAAGCAGCCCCAUAAUCUCUCCAGAAGAAAUGUUUGCUGGAAGAGUGGCAUAUAAGGAUCCAAGCAAAAACAAUAACCAUACUGAACACACGCAACUAUUAAACAGGUAAGAAAUAAGAAAAAAAGUUAAUUUAAAAGUACCCAUUUAUUUAUUUAAAGACUUUAUGGAUGGCAUCCAGUUUUCAGAUUCAUGAAACAGUUCUACUCUUUGUAACAACACUCUAGAGCACAGUUUUAUGAUCAGAUGAAAACAUGAUUUGUGAACAGGGCUCUGCAAGAGAAAGGUUAUACAACAGCCUCAUGCAGCUAAACAGUCUGUAUUGAAUAUCUCUGCAAUUCUGGAGGAAAGACAUGCAGAUAUCAUGACCUGAAGAAGCAGAAACAAAGCCUGUGGCCUCCCGCCUCAGCCAGUCCUAAUCGCUGUGCUGUCAUUGAGCAGAGACAUGGCACAGAUACCGGCUAUCUCCAGCACUGCUGUGACAUUGUCUUUGCCUGGUGGUUGGAUUUCUGCCGGGCCCAGUCAAGGCUGCUCUACCUACAUUCUCAGCAACUCCCCGAUUGUUUGAGGAACAACUUAUCUGUAGCAUUUCAGUGUUCAAUGUAAACUUCUUUUUAUUUUUAGUAUUCUCUGGUAACCUUGGCUCCAGUGUUGGAAGGAAUGUAUUAUUAUUAUUAAUAACAUUACUAUACUUUUUAAAAUGUGUGCGCUUUAUAUGGGCAAUAUUUCACAGGAAAUAAAGUGUAUUUUUUCCUUGAUCGUUAUGUUAAGGUCAGGUAAUAAAAACCAGUACAAAAUGACUUUUAAUUACUACCUCGUUAGGGUAAAGUAUUACAUUAUUUUGACUUUUGUGAAGAUUGUAAGAUACUUCUAAUAGACCACAAGUACAGAAAUGUUUUAAAUAGAUAUGAAAUUAAAAAAAAGAAGCAUCACCACAAGUCUAUGCUGCUGAGCUGCAAGUGUGAACUUCAAUGACAUGACAAACAGCACACUACAUGAAAACCUGUCAAGCAACACUCAUCAAGCUUGUCCUUCUCCAGGUGAACUGUGCUACAACAGCAGUCGUUUAAUUAGUUCAGUUCUUAUUCUCACUGUAAUUAAUCCGAACAUAACAUGGGACAGAAAUUAAGUUUGAAGAACUGCUCAAUACUUCUUCGAGCAGAAUACGGUGAAUAUAAAUGACCAUCUAGAAAUACCAAACGAUGUGUAUAUGUUUCAUAUCCGUGUACAACAUUAUUGCAUCUUGUAUUCCAAGAUUUGUUUAUUUUUUAAAUAAAGGGAAGUUAAGUGUUUCAACAUAACCUCCACUACACCAUUAACUCUCUCCUAUCAAUCAGGUUUUACCAAAGCCAGAAUUAAACUGCCAAAUAGGACCCCUGCACUCCUUCAAAAGAUAUCAAUGGGAUCUGUAGUGUUCACAAGACUAGACAGAGCCUCUCUUUCAGAAAACAGCCCCUCCUUCAGUACAGUGUCCCUUAUACUGGAGCACAGCUAGGGCUGUGGACAAGACGAGGGAACAGCGCCCCCUACUGAGCAACCAACAACACUGUCAUCAGCCCCAAGCCAGGCCCAACCUCACUUUGUUUAGGAGAUCAGACUCUAAAGGGCUAUGGGAAGACUAAUCAUUGUGCUGACCACACUAGGCUGUAGAAAUGCUCUUCUGUUGCCUCGGAAAAUUUGCGGUUCAU